ACGAAUCCAUAUUUACACAUUGAAGCAAGUGCUGAGGAGAUUGAGGCGGCAAGGGAGAAAGAUGAAUUAUUGAAAAAAAAAUCUGAUUAUUACUUACAACCAUUGCUCAUUUCCAAUAAAUUACAUGGCUAUGACUCCAAUGCACCAUUACCCACCCCUCCCACAGAUGCAUACACGGCAUCUACAGUUCCUUUACCUGAAGUUGCUGUUGAACCAUCAACACAGAAAUUAAAAGAUGCUGGUUCUUACGAAAGGCUAGCAGACGAUGCCUCUCCACGAAAAGGAGCAUCUUAUAAGAAUGAAGACGCAAUAAGAUUAGAAAAUAUGACAGCGACAAAUCACAACGACACUAAAGAUGUUCAACAGCCUGAGAAGAUAGAGUCCAUUGUUUGAAGCAUAUUGUUUACAUUAUUUUGUGAAUUGGAAACGAAGAUACGUAGGAACUGCCAAUUGAAGAAUUUUAAGAAUUGCAAAAUAUCACCUUCUUAUAUUUUGUUGAAAAUCAACAAUUUGGUAAACUUUCUGAAAUCGUUUAUACCACAGGUGAAGGAAAGCUAAGUUAUUUGGACGGACUUACCUUUCUUAAAACCCAUGUAAAGCUCAAACUUCCAUGGUUGGCACAAUGCAAGUCUAUACAUCAUGAUUAACACCAUGUAAAUUUCUACACCAUGGUUGGCUCAAUGCAAGUCUAUA